CCCCCGUCAGUCUCCCCCCAUGGGGCCGCGCCGGCUGUACUCCCUGUUCCCUCUUCUCAGUACGCGGAUUUACUGGCUACCUCGGCUAGUAUCCAGCCAACCCAGCCAGUCCGAUCCUGACCUGGAGCCGGCUCCGGAAAGCCUCGAGAAGGGGAGGGCCGGACUCGGUCGGAGCUGAGCAUCGUCCGGGUGGGCUGCGGGGCCGCGGCCUCUCCGCCGGCAGCACCACCUGUCGCCUGGCUAGACGUCGGGUGAGAGAAACGAUGUUGUCCAGGUUUAAAAUAGUUGCCACUCCUUGUACUCAGGCAUGUCGUCAUUUGCACAUAAAAGAGAAAGGCAAGCCACUUAUGUUGAACCCAAGAACAAACAAGGGGAUGGCAUUUACAUUACAGGAACGACAAAUGCUUGGUCUUCAAGGACUUCUACCUCCCAAAAUAGAGACACAAGAUAUUCAAGCCUUACGAUUCCACAGAAACGUGAAAAAGUUGAAUGGCCCUUUGGAAAAGUACAUCUAUAUAAUGGGAAUACAAGAAAGAAAUGAGAAGUUGUUUUACAGAAUACUGCAAGAUGAUAUUGAAAGUCUAAUGCCAAUUGUAUAUACACCAACAGUUGGUCUUGCCUGCUCCCAGUAUGGACACAUCUUUAGAAGACCUAGGGGAUUAUUUAUUUCAAUCUCAGACAGAGGUCAUGUUAGAUCAAUUGUGGAUAACUGGCCAGAAAAUCAUGUUAAGGCUGUUGUGGUGACUGAUGGAGAGAGAAUUCUGGGUCUUGGAGAUCUGGGUGUCUAUGGAAUGGCAAUUCCAGUAGGAAAACUUUGUUUGUAUACAGCUUGUGCUGGAAUACGGCCUGAUAAGUGCCUGCCUGUGUGUAUUGAUGUAGGAACUGAUAAUCCAGCACUCUUAAAAGAUCCAUUUUACAUGGGUUUAUAUCAGAAAAGAGAUCGAUCACCACGUUACGAUGAUCUGAUUGAUGAGUUUAUGAAGGCCAUUACUGACAGAUAUGGACAGAACACACUUAUUCAGUUUGAAGACUUUGGAAAUCAUAAUGCAUUCAGGUUCUUGAGAAAAUAUCGAGAAAAAUACUGUACCUUCAAUGAUGAUAUUCAAGGGACGGCUGCAGUUGCUCUAGCCGGUCUGCUUGCAGCCCAAAAAGUCAUUGGUAAACCGAUCUCAGAACACAGAAUCUUAUUUCUUGGAGCAGGAGAGGCUGCUCUUGGAAUUGCAAAUCUUAUAGUUAUGGCUAUGGUGGAAAAUGGCGUCUCAGAAGAAGAGGCACGAAAGAAAAUUUGGAUGGUUGACAAAUUUGGUUUAUUAUUUAAGGGGCGGAAAGCUACAAUAGACAGUCAUCAGGAACCAUUUGCUCACUUAGCCCCAGAGAGCGUACCUGAUACUUUUGAAGAUGCAGUAAAUAAACUUAAACCUUCAGCUAUAAUUGGAGUUGCAGGAGCUGGCCGACUUUUCACUCCUGGUGUAAUCAAAGCCAUGGCUGAUAUCAAUGAAAGGCCUAUAAUAUUUGCAUUAAGUAAUCCUACAGCACAAGCUGAGUGCACAGCUGAAGAAGCAUAUACACUUACAGAGGGAAGAUGUUUGUUUGCCAGUGGCAGUCCAUUUGAGCCAGUGAAACUCAGUGAUGGGCAAGUCUUUACACCAGGUCAAGGAAACAAUGUAUAUAUUUUUCCAGGUGUGGCUUUAGCUGUUAUUCUCUGUAACACCCGGCAUAUUAGUGACCAUGUUUUCCUAGAAGCUGCAAAGGCUCUGACAAGUCAAUUGACAGAUAAAGAGCUAGCUCAGGGGAGACUUUACCCGCCACUUGCUAAUAUUCAGAAAGUUUCUAUUAACAUUGCUAUUAAAGUUACAGAAUAUCUAUAUGCUAAUAAAAUGGCUUUCCGAUACCCGGAACCUGAGGACAAGGCCAGAUACAUUCGAGAAAGAAUAUGGCGAAGUGAAUACGAUUCCAUGCUGCCGGAUGUGUACGAUUGGCCAGAGCCUGCGUCACGCCCUCCACCAACAACGGAAUAGAAAAGCACACCACUGAUAAACACUUUCCAUGCUUCAAGGACUCCUUUCUUCAGACAAAAAGAGAGGACGUUCUCAAAUUUAUGGUUUUUUCUGUGUUUUAUUCUCCCCUACCACUUGGCUUAUUUUUUCCCAUGAAUCUCCACUUCUGUACAGGAUGGACCUGUUGACUACAUUGUUAAUGCCCACCUGCACCCUGAAAUCAGAUGACCGUAAUGCUUUCAUUCUGAUUUGUAGCUCAUACCACAUCAGAGACAUUAAAAAUGUACUUGUGAAUGUCUUCACUUGUGCUCCUGUUGACUCUUGCCAAAGUAUUUGCUAUUUACUAUUAUAGCUAAUCAUCUUCUCUCACCCAGUUCUUUUAGGGCUACUAAAAUAGAAAUUUACUUCUGUGGAUAUGAGUACAGAAUUUUGGGAAGAAGCCAAAUUUAACCAAAUUCUCAGGACAAAUUGUCAGUAUCUAAAAAUGUCCUUUUAUUUCUGCUUCAUUUUACCUUCAUGCUCUGAAAUUCCUUUUCAGUAGAUAGAUCAGGACAAAUCUACUCUAUUAUGUAUUUUCUGGGACUAAACUGAGGCUUAACUAUAACGUGGGAGAAAUGGGAAGUACUGCUGCCUUUAGACAAAUAAACUAGUCAUUGUUUUCAACAGUGUAUAAAAAUCUCAGUGUAACUUUUUAAAAUAAAUAUCUUAAAUUUAA